AUGUCCAAACUCAUCCUACUUCUCGACACGGGCACGUCCACACUUGUUCGACGCACCGCCGCCAAGCAGCUGGCAGACGUCGCCCUCAAGACUUUCUCUUCUCUCCCGACGGACGAUGCAUGGCAGGAUACCCUUGAUACCAUUGCCAAAAUCAUCCCCCUCCUCCGCUCCCGAUCCUCCGAAACCCGCAAUGCCGCCGCGAACGCUCUCGGCCUCAUCGCUCAAGCUCUCCCCGCUUGGGAGGGCUCAUCCGAGGACGCGCCGUCGCCGAUAGACCCGGGUGCGGCGUUCGAUGUGCACGCCGUCGCAUGCGCCAACGAGUUAUUGCUGGCGUCAGCAGGUCGCGAGUAUGUCGCCAAGCCUGGCCCCGCCGAUCGCGCCAAACGAAGGAAGGCGAUGCUCGGUGCUGUUGGCAUGGGCGGCGGCCUCGACAUGGGUAGCGACAUGGACGCUGUCCUCGACGAUGGCGACGACGGCACCUCGACGCCGACACCAGAAAACAUCUUUGAAGGCCUCUCCGCGCGACAAGUCGCCAUGUUGAAGCGCAAAAAGGGCAACAACAUGAUCGAAGAGGCCAACAAGAUGCGGCGCUUAAACGAAAAGGCGAAUGGCGGUCCCGCAUCGUCCGAGACGCCGACGCCCCGCUCGACGCCGAAAGGCACGCCGCAACCGACUCCCCCCCGCGACGUGAAACCCGAUAUCAAAUCCGAGCCGGAUGUCAAGCCGGAUAUCAGACCAGAGCCUGUGGUGAUUGAUCCGGGAAAGAAAGGCGGAGCGGUGGAAGCACACGAGGUGCAGACAUUAAAGCUGGACGCUCACGGACACUCGCCGUGGUCGGCCGUUGUCGCCGAGCUGUCUGGAGCUCUGACGGACCCUGCUUGGGAGUCUCGCCACGGCGCGUCUCUCGGUAUCACCGAGGUCCUGAGGCACACUGGCAGCAACAUUGCUGCCGGCUAUGUCGGCUUCCUCUCCGCUCUUGCUCGCCGGCUGCUGACCCUUCUGACGCUCGAUCGUUUCGGCGAUUUCGUCGGUGACACGGUCAUGGCGCCGGUCCGAGAAACAGCUGCGCAGGCUCUCGGCAUUUUGUUCAAGUUUGAAACUGAGGCCGAGGCCGCCGAGGUGCACAACGCGCUCGUGGACAUGGUUCGCCAGAGCUGGGCGAAGCGCGGCAAGGCGGCCGAGGGUCUCCCGCGCGGCGAUCGGUUCGCGUGGGAGCUCCGGCACGCUGGUCUUCUCGGUCUAAAAUACGAGGUUGUCGUGCGCGACACGGAAGCCAUCAUUCGCGACAUUGUGUCGUGCGCUCUGCUCUCUUUGCGAGAAGCGGACGAUGAUGUGCGGACGGUCGCCGCGUCCGCUCUUCUGCCCGCGGCCGGAGAUCUCGUCAAGCUGCCAGAGAUUGGUGACAUUCUGUCCACGCUGUGGGACUGCCUCGGCGAGGGCACCGACGAGCUCGGCAGCAGCACCGCAGCCGUCAUGGACCUCCUCGGCGCUCUCCUCGGCUACAGCGAGGUCAUCAGUCUCAUGGCGUCGAGCGCCGAUCAGCGAUCAGUCAUCUCGAGAAUCUAUGCCUUCAUCCGGCACCCGAUCGCCAGUGUCCGUCUCGCCGUCGCCAAGGCGCUCCUCGUCUUGAUGACUGUGCCCGAUCUGCCGCAUGACUGGAUCAAGUCCGACGUUUUGUCCCUGCUGUUCCAGAACCUUGUUCUGGAGGACCGGGAGGACGUGCGCUCCGUUUCGGCCGAGGCGCUGGAGGCUGGAUUCGCUGGCACCGCCGUUGACGAGACGGUUGGACCCAAGAUCAACGACUGGUACGCGAUUGCCAUGACGCCGGUGGGUGUCCCCCUCGACGAGGGGCUGUUCGUCGGCCGCCGUGUCCGCGGCCACGACGUGGACAAGGCCAUGUUUGCGGGCGAUAUGAGUCUGAUCUCGACCGAGCUGGUACUGGAGACGCGCAUCGCGGCCGCCAAGGCCCUCGCCUCGCUCCGGUCGUACCCGCACGCGUUUGACGACCUCGCCCUCGUGCGCCACUACCUCGGAUCGACAAACGCGCACCAAGUUUUCCUCGCUUCGACUGUCAUUCGGGAAUGGGCGCUGAAGAACCGGCAGGAGGCGGUCGAGCUCGCCUCGGCGCUCAUCCCCCUGCUGGCGCCCCCGGCAACGUACAACGAAAUGACAACCAUGCUGCAGCGCGUGUACGACGAAGUCCGCGCACUGUUCUCGGCGUUCACGACCGAGGGCAAGGUCAAGCGAGACCGCAUCCCCGAGCUGCCUUCCCGCGUGGAUCCCUUGGGCGGAGCGGACGCUUUCACUCUGGACACUGCGCGACGCGCCGUCGGUCCCACGUUUGACGCUCUCGCCAAGCUCCUGCGCGGUGCCCACGCAAAGUCGGCACUGGCAAACCUGAAAGACCGGCAGCGCAAGGUGCUCGCGUCGAUCGGCUACUUUAGCGCGAUGAAGGACAAGCUCGAUGUCCAGGUCGGAGCUGGCGUUGCCGGCGCCCUCAUUGCGCUUGGCGUCAUGCCGCCAAAGCUCGGCCCCGUCGUCAAGGCUGUCAUGGACGGCGUCAAAAAGGAAGAGUCCGAGCUGCUCCAGGCUCGAGCCGCAGACAGCGUCGGCGCACUCGUCGCCUUUUGCUGUUCGCCCGAGUUUAGCGCCGCCGUCAACCCGGUGGACAAGGUGCUGAAAAACUUGUUCACGUUCCUGAACUCGGACGUUUCAGUGACACCAGUGUUCACGCCAAACACCGAGGGCAUCCUGUCGCUAAAGGACACCCCGGCGCCGACAGGCAAGAGGGGCCUCCCAGUCCCCGACGAGACCGAAGAGCAGAUUGCUGCCCGCGUCACGCGGCGCGGCGCCCUCGCCGCCCUCGCGGCCGUUGCCAAGCGGUUCAGCGGCAGCCUGUUCGAGCGCGUGCCCCGGUUCUGGGACGGCAUCAGCGCUUCGCUCCUCGCCGUGGCGGGCGGGGACUCGCAGGCGCUGGAUGAGCGCCUGUCAGAACCUCGCUCGCCCGGCCAGGACUUGGUCGACGGCCUAACGUCGCUCCGGCUUGUCGCCCCCACACUCGACCCGGCACUUCACCCGCAGCUCGUGUCUCUCAUCGCGCCUCUGAUCAUCGCGCUGCAGUCUUCCUUUGCGGUCGUCCGCAACGCCGCUGCCCGUACCCUGGCGGUACUUUGCGCCGUCGCCACCGAGGAAGGCAUGCGCCGUGUCGUUGACGAGGUCGUACCGCUUGUCGGCGACGCUGAAAACGUUUAUGCGCGCCAAGGUGCCGUCGAAGCAAUCCACCACAUCAUCAAAGAGCUCGACAUCAAGGCGCUGCCAUACGUGCUCUUCCUGAUUGUCCCGAUUCUCGGACGCAUGAGCGACUCGGAUGAGAGCACGCGUCUGCUGGCGACCGCGACAUUUGCGUCGCUCGUCAAGAUGGUCCCGCUGGAAGCCGGUAUCCCCGACCCUCCCGGGUUCUCUGCAGAGAUGCUCGCCAAGCGCGACGACGAACGGCGAUUCCUGGCACAGCUGCUGGACGGGUCCCGUGCGGAAAGCUACGAACUGCCGAUCAACAUCAAGGCAGACCUCCGCCAGUACCAAAAGGAUGGUGUCAGCUGGCUGGCAUUCCUGGCCAAGUACCAGCUGCACGGCAUUCUCUGUGACGACAUGGGUCUUGGCAAGUCGUUGCAGACCAUUUGCAUCGUGGGCAGCAAGCACCACGAGCGCGCCGCUCGGUACAAGGCCACGAAGAGUGUCGACUCGGCCCAUCUCCCGUCGCUCAUUGUCUGCCCGCCCACGCUGACCGGGCACUGGUACCACGAGAUUCGCAAGUUUACAGACGAGCUUCGGCCCGUGCAGUAUGUCGGCAACGCGUCGCAGCGCGCCAGCCUCCGGCCGCACCUGAAACAGUACGACGUCGUUAUUACCUCGUACGAGGCCGUCCGCAACGACAUUGCCGACCUCGGCCGGAUGAACUGGCUGUACUGUGUUCUCGACGAAGGGCACGUCAUCAAGAAUGCCAAGACCAAGCUAUCGCAAGCCGUAAAGCAGAUUCGCUCCCAGCAUCGACUGCUGCUGUCGGGAACGCCCAUCCAGAACAAUGUGCUCGAGCUCUGGAGUCUGUUCGACUUUUUGAUGCCAGGGUUCCUUGGAUCAGAGCGCGCGUUCAACGAGCGUUUCUCCAAGCCGAUCCUGGCAGACCGCGACGGCAAGGCCACGGCGAAAGAGCGGGAAGCUGCCUCUGCCGCCCUCGAGGCGCUGCACAAGCAAGUCUUGCCGUUCUUGCUGCGACGACUGAAGGAAGACGUCCUCAGCGACCUGCCGCCCAAGAUUAUCCAAGACUACUACUGCGACCUCUCCGACGUGCAAAAAGUCAUGUACGACGAGUUCUCCCACUCGAACGCGGCGGAAGAGGCCGGCGAGUUUGCGGCGGGCGGCGGCGGCCAGACGCACGUGUUCCAGUCGCUGCAGUACCUGCGCAAGCUGUGCAAUCACCCCGCUCUCGUGCUCCGCGACGACAAACAGGCUCUCGCCAAGGUCGAGCACAAGCUCGGCAAGGUACCGCCUCUGCAUGACCUCAGUCACGCCCCGAAACUGGAGGCGCUCAAGCAGCUCUUGACAGACUGUGGCAUCGGCCUCCCGCAGGUCGACAAGUCUGACCCGUCUGGACCGUUCACCGGUUCUCACCGAGUGCUCAUCUUUUGUCAGCUGCGGCCGAUGCUCGAUCUCAUCGAGAGCGACCUCUUCCGCGCGCACAUGCCCACCGUGUCGUACAUGCGUCUGGACGGCGCGACGGAUCCGAGGAAACGGCACGCGAUCGUCGAGACGUUCAACGCAGACCCCAAGAUUGACGUCUUGCUCCUGACCACCAGCGUCGGUGGCCUGGGCCUGAACCUGACCGGGGCCGACACGGUCAUCUUUGUUGACCACGACUGGAACCCGAUGAAGGAUCUCCAGGCCAUGGACCGCGCACACCGUCUCGGGCAGAAAAAGGUUGUCAACGUGUACCGUCUCAUCACCCGCGGCACCCUCGAGGAGAAGAUCAUGGGUCUUCAGCGCUUCAAGUUGAACAUUGCCUCGAGCGUAGUGACCCAGCAAAACUCUGGCCUGGGGUCGAUGAACACGGGCGAGGUGCUCGACUUGUUCAGGGUUGACGGUGAUGACACGAAAAAACCAAAGCGGGACGCCUCGGGCCUCAGCAUGUCCAAGGUGCUCGAGGGUCUCGAAGACUUGCCUCCAGAAGACGAGUACGCCGAGUUGUCGUUAGAUAAUUUCCUCAGCAAAAAUCAGUAG